ACUGCUCCAACCACAACCACAACUGCUCCAACCACAACCACUGUCGCACCAACUACAACCACUGUGGCACCAACAACAACAACAGCUGCUCCAACUACGACAACAGCUGCACCAACCACAACAACAACAACCCUGGCACCAACUACCACAACAGCUGCUCCAACAACGACAACAGCUGCACCAACAACAACCACUGUCGCAACAACCACGACCACUGUGGCUCCAACAACAACAACUGUUGUUCCAACUACAACCACUGUGGCACCAACAACAACAACAGCUGCUCCAACUACGACAACAGCUGCACCAACCACAACCACAACUGCUCCAACCACAACAACCGUGGCACCAACCACAACAACAGCUGCUCCAACAACGACAACAGCUGCACCAACCACAACAACAACUGCUCCAACCACAACAACAGCUGCUCCAACAACGACAACAGCUGCACCAACCACAACCACAACUGCUCUAACCAUAACAACAGCUGCUCCAACAACGACAACAGCUGCACCAACCACAACCACUGUCACACCAACCACGACCACAUCUGCUCCAACUACGACAACAGCUGCACCAACCACAACAACUGCUCCAACAACAACAACAGCUGCUCCACCAGCGACAACAGCUGCACCAACCACAACCACUGUCGCACCAACCACAACCACUGUGGCUCCAACAACAACAACUGUUGUUCCAACUACAACCACUGUGGCACCAACAACAACAACAGCUGCUCCAACUACGACAACAGCUGCACCAACCACAACCACAACUGCUCCAACCACAACAUCCGUGGCACCAACCACAACAACAGCUGCUCCAACAACGCCAACCACAACAACUGCUGCUCCAACAACGACAACAGCUGCACCAACCACAACAACAACUUCUCCAACAACAACAACAGCUGCUUUAACAACAACAACAGCGGCACCAACCACAACAACUGUGGUUCCAACUACAACCACUGUGGCACUAACAACAACAACAGCUGCUCCAACUACGACAACAGCUGCACCAACCACAACCACAACUGCUCCAACCACAACAACCGUGGCACCAAUCACAACAACAGCUGCUCCAACCACAACAACAGCUGCUCCAACAACGACAACAGCUGCACCAACCACAACCACAACUGUUCCAACCACAACCACUGUGGCACCAACCACGACCACAACUGCUCCAACAACAACAGCUGCUUCAACAACAACAACAGCUGCUCCAACCACAACAACUGCUGUUCCAACUACAACCACUGUGGCACCACCAAGAACAACAGCUGCACCAACAACGACAACAGCUGCACCAACCACAACAACAGCUGCUCCAACCACAACCAGUGCAACACCAACAACAACAACAUCUGCUACAACCACAACCACAGCUGCCCCAACCAUGACUACAACCUCUGUGACAACAACCACAACCACAGCUUCUCCAACAACAACAACAGCUGCACCAACCACAAAAACUGUUGUUCCAACUACAACCACUGUGGCACCAACAACAACAACAUCUGCUACAACCACAACUACUGCUGCCCCAACCACGACCACAACCACUGUCGCACCAACAACAACAACAGCUGCUCCAACUACGACAACAGCUGCUCCAACAACGACAACAGCUGCUCCAACCACAACCAUAACAACCACUUCCACAACAACCACUACAAUGUCUUCAACAACUAAAUCAUCCACGACGACAACAGCUGCGACAAAGACCACUUCUGCAACAACUACUACAAUUUCUUCAACAACUAAAUCAUCCACGACGACAACAAGUAACGCGUCUUCUGUCAGAAUGAAUGCAAUCACUCUUGUACUGGGACUCUUUGUCUUUACCCUCUAUUAUUAAACAGGAAAAUCACAGAUGGAACCCCCAUAAAAACCACUAAAACUGUGAAAGGAUGUAUUUUAAUGUCAAUGUUUAGUUCUGCUCUUCUUGUUUAGUUGGGAUUUAAAUUUAAUUUUUUUCAGAUAUAAGAAAAGGGGUCUGGGUAACCCUGAGGAUGGAUAACUAUUUAACACACAAUUACCCUUUUCCAAGUGAGUUAUAAAGUGUAAUUUAUAUUUAAUAUUUACCUGCAAAUAUAUUUAUCUAUUUAUUAAAUUUAUAAUGCAAAUGUCUUGAAUAAAUGUAAUAGUGUGCAAUAAUAUGAACAGAAAUAUACAUCCAUUUAUCCAUAUCUAGUUAUUUGGGGAUUUUUGUUAUGCAUAUAUAUCAUCAGUUUUAUAUUACAACAGUGAUUCAAUGACAGCAUUGUAAAACUACAACAACAAUUACACCAAAAAUUCCAAAGGAUAACAACUGUGACUGUGAUAAAGUUUUCAACAGACAUUAUGAUGGAUUUUUUUUUUCUGCUUUGGAACUAUCCCAUUGAUGAAUGGGAUAGUUGGGGAGUAUGGGGAAUAUAAAAGCUAUGACAAUAUUUUUGUUUUGAAUAAUGUUAUGAUUAUUCUAAAUUUCACUUAUUUUCUUGAUUUUUCUCAUUCAUACUGAUUACCACACAUGGCCUCAGUUUUAUCUUUCAUAUAAUUACAUAGUAACUGUAUGUUAUUUAAGAUGUGAUACUCUGGUUUCCCCAGAAUGUAGACUUUUACUCUUUUCAUCUUAAUAAAACU